AAACCUUAUAAUGUCAUGCAAUUAGUUUUCAGCGUUUCCGAGGGAUCACACGCCAUGGAACUGCGCUGGAGCAUAAGGUGGGCAACACUGGCCUCAUGUCUUGCUCUGUCGUUCGCCAUCCCGGCAUCGCUAGUUGAAGAAAUCAAAGCCAAUGAAUUGCGGAAUAAUAAAGUUAAACGCGCCCAUCCGCAAUUAAAUGUAGGAGAACAUGGCAGAGAAGUCCCUUAUUAUAGUAAACCAACUGCAAUUAAAAGAGGGGCCAACAAUUUGAAAAACCCGAGUCCAGAUCAGCAGACGCUCUCCGACUGGGAGCAAGAGCAAAGUCUGUACCAGAAUCCAGACAGCUUGACGGACAUCCAAUCCAGCCUUUACAACUCCGAGAACCCUUUCGAUGACAAAACAAUCGCCGAAUACGAAAAGGGUUUCCAUUACGGAACCAACAAAGAAAAACUCGACGAAGCUUUGGAAAAUGCAGUUCUUAAAUCGGAAUUAUACGGUGAUCCAGCACCGUUGAACCAAUACAGGUAUUACGGGAACGACGAUCAACGACGUCGUAAACGUCGGGACGCCAGAAAGAUCAGACUCGACAACCGAAUGAAACGCGAAGUGGACCUCACCCCCGACGAGAUCCUCACUAUUUUAACACUGUACGAAAACGAACGCAACGGUUACCGCCCCUGGAACCUCGACCCUGAGACCACUAGCGACAAUCUCGACGACGAUGAAAACUGGUUGGAUGCCCCCGUGUACCCCCAUGCUACCGGCCAUAAUGAUAUCGCCUCCAGCUACCUCAUGGACGAGAAGCCGUUCGAGAAAAGGGGCCGAUGGGGCGGAUUUGCCGACAACAGGAAGAAACGAUUCAUGGUGGCCAAAAAGCGGAACGACCCCACGAGAGAACUGAGGUACUUGAAUGGCCCCAAUAAGAACGACUACUACACUCUGAGCCAACUCUUGAGCAAUCAACGAGAGCCUAAUGUUCCCCUUUACCAUCGGCUAGUUUUGUAAUAAGUUUUUAGACUAAACCCGAGCUCAUAUCGCGUUUUUGAAUCGUUUAAAGUCUAUCUGUGUUACUAGUUUAUUGAUGUUUAUAUGUUUUACCAAACUAUAACUCUCAAAAAGUCAGUCAGUAUAAUAUUUACAGUAUAUUUAUUGAAUGUUGUAUUCCGUAAUAUUAAAUAAAUUGUGCAUAAUGAUGUGUU